GUUACGUGCUAUUGAUGGUGAUCUGUGUGUGUGUGCGCGCGAGACGAAAAUUAUGUGAAUUUGAGGGGAUUUAACCACGUUGAUAGUGAAAUUAAUGUGGCGACCUUGAGAGCGCUUCUCAUUCAUAUUCUCCAGGAAGACUUCUGCUUGGAUGAUACCAAAAACAUGCGACGGGGGUAAUCUGGCUCCAGAGGGUGGUAGUGUGCCAAUGCAGCAAGUUGUCUUUUUCAUUACCAGGAGAGGAAUUGCAUUUGUAGUGCUUUCACUGCAGAUCUUCCCAGCACCAGAGGAAGUACAAUUGUGGUUCUAAUAUUCAGUGUUAUAAAGCUUGUAUAUGAUACAUAAAUACUGAAAUAUGUAUGGUGAUGGCACUAUUUAAUUUCAGUGAUGGAAAUGCUACAUAUACAGUGUCAACACCUGUGUCAUGUUAGUCAAGCGAGACUCCUUAACAGUCUGUUUUGACAUUCAUACUCCUGACUUAGAAUAAAAAAGAAGUGUAUUUAAGUUAAUCUCUCUCUCCAACAAAAUGUGCUGAUUCUCCUUUAAGUUUUUAAUAUGACUAUGCAUUGUACAAGAAUAUUGCAAAGGUUGAAUGUUCUGCUGUAUUAUAGAGGUGUUGUUCAUGAGAACAUUACACAGCAGUAUGAUGAUAAAUGUACAAAUGGUAUUAUGAGGAAGGUACUAUUUAUAUGACCAUUGUGCAGCAGUAAUGAUUGUAUCUGCUAUAUCAGUUAUAAAAUUUCUCAUCUGUCAUAGUCCCCACCUCAUCCCAUCCCUUUGCUCUGUUUUACUGUUAUAAACUAGCAAUCAUUGUCCCAUGUACUGUGUUUGACACAUUAUAAGGUUCCAAUUUUGCAUGAAAAGUAUAUUUAUCAAGCUGUAUGCCAUUUCAUUAAUUAGAGAAAACAUUAAUACAGCUGACUGUCAUAGAAAUUUUAAAAAACUUUUAUUUGUAUGCUAUACAAAACACAUUCCUGGUGCUUGUCAUAAGUAAAGUUUGCAUAAAGCAAGAUCAUAGUAGCAAUAUUUUGUGUGGAUAGGAAGUACCAAGACUGCAGUAGUAACAUGAAGUUUUUUAAUAAAUUGGCUUUAAUAAUGUGCAUGAUAAUAUAUAUAAAAUAUAACUUAUAACAAUAUACAUUAUUUCAAAAGUGGUGUGAAAGCUAUGGCAACAAAGAUUCAAAUUUAUAUAUGGUAUUAGAAAGCCCUUCAUGGUAGGUGCUUUGCAGUUAUGACUUGCUCUUAAUCGAGGGAAUUUGAGUUGUAGUGAAUCAUCUUUGCUUAUUCCUUAGGCUCUGUAUGACCCUUAUGGGUUUAUCACAUAACCAUGUUUAUAAUAUUGUAAUAAAACAGAAUUUCAGAAAUAUUGGUUUUCAGUGUAAUGAUGUACCAGCAAAAUUUUCAUCUUGUUAAGCUCUCAUAGUUCAUAUAGAAUAUUAUCAAGUCAGUGAUCAAUAUGUCAAAAAUACUUGAAAAAGAACAUGUUCAAAGGUCACAAAUUAUUCUACAACCACAAGAUAAAUUACAUCAACAUACACAGUCUCUAAAACACUCCUCACUAAAGUCUCACUGUGCAUCUUUGAAGAGAAUUUGCAAAAGCAAAAAAGCACUUCAGUGUUCAGUGUGUCUAAAAGACUUUUCCUAUAACUCUACCUUAAUAAAACAUAUGAGAAUUCAUACUGGAGAGAAGCCAUAUCAUUGUCCAGAGUGCCUAAAAGAUUUUUCUCUAAAGUCUAUCUUAGUACAACACAUGAAAACUCAUACGAGAGAGAAACCAUAUCCGUGUUCAGUCUGUCUAAAAGGGUUUUCUCUAAAAUCUAAUUUGGCACAGCACAUGAAAAUUCAUACUAGAGAGAAACCAUACAAGUGCUUAGUAUGUGUGAAAAGUUUUUCUAAAAAUGAUCAUUUAAUCAAUCACAUGAGAAGUCAUACUGGAGAGAAACCAUAUGAGUGCUCAGAGUGUCUAAAAGCUUUUUCCCUAAAACUUAACUUACUAAAACAUAUGAAAAUUCACACUGGAGAAAAGCCAUUUCAAUGUUCUGAAUGUCUCAAAGAAUUUUCUGAUAAAUCCAGUUUAAUAAGACACAUGAGAGUUCAUACUGGGGAGAAACCAUACCAGUGUUCUGAGUGUGUAAAAGACUUCUCAGAUAAAUCUAGUUUACUAAAACACAUGAGAAUUCAUACAGGGGAGAAACCAUAUCAGUGUUCAGUGUGUGCCAAAGACUUUUCACAUAAAUCCAAUUUAGUAAGACAUAUGAGAAUUCAUAGUGGGGAGAAACCAUAUCAUUGUUCAGAAUGUCUAAAAGAGUUUUCAGAUCAGUCGAGUUUAGUAAAACACAUGAGAGUUCAUAAAAAUUAAGUCAUAUCAGUGUUCAGUUCCUGGAAGUGGAAGGAGUUGUACACAUUUAAGUUUAGAACAAUCUAGUAAUUAUCCAGGUAUGUUAGCUACUAUCUGCCAAUGCAAAGGAAUUCACUGAAUAAACAAGAAAGAUAGGUAGCUGCAUUGAAAAUCCCUCGCCAAAUACUACCUUCCUUGGGGAUUUCAGCCUUCCAAAAGUAAAGCAAAGACAUUAGCAGCAAUUUACCAGAAAUAAUUCCUAGAAGCUUUCUAGGUUAACAAACAUACCAUGGAAAAAGUUUGUUUUAAGCUAACAGAUAAGAAACUGCUAGAAAUAAGAAAUACACAAAAUUUGAUCAUGAAUAAUGAAGAAAUUAUCAGACACACAGCACUAUCAAAUAAAAUGUACAGUACUCUUGAAGUGCCGCAGCUUCCACUUCAGUCCCAUGUUAGGGUGGACAAAGCACCAGACGAUGCCAUAUUGUCUGUUCCCUCAGGUAGAGACUCAGCGUGGAGAAAAGUAUGAGAAAAAUAGAGAACAAAUAACAAAGGGAAAUUACUAGAAUAUGAGAGAAUAGAAAAUAGCGCUCUAUUCUCUUGGAAGUAUGCUGCCACCACCUCCCCUUUUAAUAGUGGAAGAGAUAACAGUAGCCUCAGUCAUAGGAGAAGGGAGGAAAACAUAGAGUUUGGGUUGGAGCACGAGAAAACCCAGUGAGAAAUAAUACAGGAUAAUUAUAACAAGAUAGGGGUCCUGAUAAGUACUGGCUCUUAAGGUAGCUUUGCCUGAAAAUUGAGCAGUAGGCACCUUAUCAUGGCCUGACUCCCCAAAAAAAAAAAUUAGUAUAUUAUUCAAUUUAACCUUGGGCAAAUUGACAAUAUGUACAUGGCUCAAAGGAGGAAGUAAAAUAUGCUCAGAUAAAACCACUUACAAUUUAAUAAACACAUUGCAAGGGAAUCUGAAAUCAGUGGCACCCAAGAAAAAAAAAAAUGCUAGCAGCAAAUUCCUAAUAUUUCAGUAGAACCUGCUUACUGAUAUUAUAACAAUCACACCACACAGUUCCCAAGGAAUGCCCUUGCUUUGACAUACUGUCUGGGGUUACCUCCCUUGAUUUACUGCCUUGAUACAUUCCUUCUUUGGGCCACUACUGAGGUCUUCCCCAAAUCCUAGAUUACAAGCCUGGAUUGAUUCUUCCAGGGCUAGGGUUUUCAAGGUCUCUAGAAACAAGCUCCUUUCCUAAGUAUCUCUGGUUGAUUCCACUAACUCUUGGGUAUCUCUUCAGCAACCCAUAAACUUCUACUACAGGUUGGCUAUCACUAAUCCAGCAUUAUUGGGACCUGACAUUAUUAUUGGAAUCUGAUAUUAUCUUUACUGAAAUUAUGAGAUCUCAAGAGCCUACUUUUCUUUGUUAAAAAUUCUUUUUCUACAAAAACUGGCAUUGAUAAACAAUUUUUCAAAAUGAAUAUUCUAUGUAUUAUAGAACUAUUUGUAUGACACAAAGCAUCUUUUAUUGCACUGCUCUCUAACACUGAAGAUGUAUAUCAUUUCAACAUACCUGGAUCAGAGGAUUCAAAGUAAUGCUUAUUGUUGCCUGCUUUGUUAUUAUUAUUUUACUAAUGCAUCAGCCAUUUCCCACCAAGGCAGGAUGGCCCAAAAAAGAAAAACUUUCAUCAUUCACACCAUUACUGUCUUGCCACAGGCAGGCUUACACUACAGUUACAAAACUGCAACAUGAACACUCAUCCUUCAGAGUGCCAGCACUGUACUUCACAUCUCCAGGAAUCAGGUCUGGCCUGCCAGUUUCCCCUAAAUCCCUUCACAAAUGUUACCUUGCUCACACUCCAACAGCAUGUCAAAUCCUAAAAACUGCUCGUCUCCAUUUGCUCCUAACAAGCUCACGCACUCUUGCUGGAAGUCCAAGCCCCUCGCACACAAAACCUCCUUUACCCCCUCCUCCCUCCAACCUUUCCUAGGCUGACCCCUACCCCGCCUUCCCUCUUCUACAGAUUUAUACACUCUCGAAGUCAUUCUAUUUUGUUCGUUCCUCUAUACAUAUACAAACUAUCUCAAAAGCCCCUCCUCAGCCUUCUGGUAAUCCUGCACCUCCUCCUAAUCUCCAAACUAUGGAAUCUCUGCAUUAUAUUCCCACUACACAUAGCCCUCAGACAUAACACCUCCACUGUCUCCAGCCUUCUCCUUGUUGCAACAUUCACCACCAAUGCUUCACACCCUCCUUGCUUUCAUGGAUAAAGUAAUUUGUCUCCAGAGACUCCUCAGUGCACCACUCACCUUUUUCCCCUCAUCAAUUCUGUGAUUCACUUCAUCUUUCAUUGACCCAUCUGCUGACACAUCCACUCCCAAAUAUGUAUCUGAAUACAUUCACCUCCUCCAUACUCUCUCCCUCCAAUCUGAUAUCCAAUCUUAAAUUACCUAAAUUUUUGGUUAUCCUCAUCACCUUACUCUUUCCUAUAUUCACUUUUAAUUUCCUUCUUUUACAUACCCUACCAAACUCAUCAACAGACUUCUGCAGCUUCUUUUCAGAAUCUCCCAAAUGCACAGUGUCAUAAGUAAACAGCAACUGUGACAACUCCCACUUUGUGUUAGAUUAUUUAUCUUUUAACCCCACACCUCUUGCCAACACCCGAGCAUUCACUUCUCUUACAACUCCAUCUAUAAAUAUAUUGAACAACCAUGGUGACAUCACACAUCCCUGUCCAAGGCCUGCUUUUACUGGGAAAUAAUCUCCCUCUCACUCGCGUACUCUUAACCUGAACCUCACUGUCCUCAUAAAAAUUCUUCACUGCUUUCAGUAACCUACCUCCUAGUCUAUACAUUUGCAACAUCUGCCACAUUGCCCCUCUAUCCACCCUAUAAUAUGCCUUUUCCAAAUCCAUAAAUGCCACAAAAACCUCUUUACCCUUAUCUAAAUACUGUUCACCUAUGUUUCACUGCAAAGACUUGAUCUACCUACACCCCUUCCCUUCCUAAAACCUCCUUGUUCAUCUGUUAUCCUGCUCUCCAUCUUACUCUUAAUUCUUUCGGUAAUAACUCUGCCAUAUACUUUACCAGGUAUACUCAACAGAUUUAUUCCUCUAUAAUUUUUACACACUUUUGUCCCCUUUGCCUUCAUACAAAGGAACUGUGCAUGCUCUCUACCAAUCCCUAGGUACCUUACCCUCUUCCAUACAUUUAUUAAAUAAAAACACUAACCACUCCAAAACUAUACCUCCACCUGCUUUUAACAUUUCUAUCUUUAUCCCAUCAAUCCCAUCUGCUUUUCCCCCCUUUCAUUCUACCCAUUACCCCAUGUACUUCCACCACACUCAUAAUUGGUUCUUCCUCACUGUUGCAUCUUUUGACUAAGAUUGGCUUUUAUAUUUGAGAAAAGUUCAAAUGUGUUCUAAUUAAUAUUAUCUUGCGAUCUUAACCCUUUCAGGGUCCAGAGGCCAAAUUUCGAAGGGUGCACCAGUGUCCAAGAAUUUUCAAAAGAAAAAUUUUUAUUUUUUCUUAUGAAAUGGUAGAGAAUCUUUUUCUGAAGGUAAUGAAACAAAAAGUACGAAAUUUGAUGGAAAAUUGACGAAAUUAUGCUCUUGCGAAUUUUUGUGUCGGCGAUAUUUAUGAAUCAGCGAUUUUGCCAACUUUGACGCCCAUUUUAGGCCAAUUACAUUAUUCCAGUUGACCAAAUUCUUAGCUAUUUCACUAGUAUUACUUCUCUUCUAUUGAUUGAGCACAAGAAAUUGCCAAGUCAACUGUUUCAACUACAAAAUAAAGUGAUCGGAAAUUGGUAAUUUCGCUAAUUUAACACUGUUCAAAAUAUUCCAGUUUCAAAAUAGGGUCCAGAAUAAACAAUGUAGGUAUUCCUGGCACUAAACUACCAUUUCCUCUGUUCAUUAGUUAGGUUUUGAGGCUUUACAAAUGAAUUCUAUUUUGAUUUUUUAUUCACAUAAUGAAUUUUUAUUCAAACCAAAAAAUAGAAGAUUUACUGUUAUGCAAUAUUGUAAUAAUUGUAUAAAUAUCAUCACCACAUUUGUGAAUGUAUAUUAGACCCAUCAGUUGGCGUGUAUUAGACGUGUGAGGUUGUCUGUUUACUCUUGAACAUUGGCAAAAAUUUAACAUUUCCGCUACUCUGAGCUCAGUUUCAAGCCAUUUUCAGUGCUAAAACCAAUCAAAAUCAUCUCUAUUUCUGUAAUAUGUCUUCCAUUCUAUCAAAUGAGACCAAGAAAUUGCAAAUACAACUGUAACAAACAUACAAAAAAACACUGCAGUUGCUGUUUUAAUCGAAAAUCAUGAUCUCAGUUUUUUUCUCAUACACUGUGUGCUGCAGGAUUUGUUUUAUGUGGUACACACAUACCACAUAGAUGUAUUCUCUCAUAUCUAGGCCCAAAUUUACCACUCACAGCUUAUCAGAGUGAGCUGAGCUCAUGGCGUAGAUCUACAGCUUGGACCCUGAACGUAAAACCGUAGAUCUACGGGAUGGACCCUGAAAGGGUUAAACUGGACAAAGUGUGCUUUAUAAUAUUAUCUAACACCAUUGUAAAUAUUGCAUUCUGUAUUUUAUUAAGCAUUCAUAAUAUUACGUAUGUGAUUUUUAUGUAGUGGGGAACCACUAGUUAGAAUGCCAGUUACCAGUCACCAACUUGCCUACCCGCUAAGUCAUGUGAUCCCACCUUAUAUCGGAUUACCCCUCCUUAGCACUGGCGGUAGGUUCACCCACUAACUUCCAAGUAGUACUGUGCCUUGUACUCUCACACUUAGUCUGAUCUCUGUUUUCUAGAGUUCUCUAUUCAUAUUCAUAUCCCUUGCUUGGGAAUAUCGAUGAAACUUCCUGUAUGGAUUGUAUGAAUUUAGUGUCUCUGUGAAGACACUGAUAUGAGUUGUGUUAGCAGCGUAUUAGUUAUUUCAUGUCUUGUAUUGAUUGCCUAACUCUACUAACAAUAGCUAUAUAUAUAAUUUUACCCUUUAUGUGUAAAGGGAAAGAUAAGUAAUUUCAUGCUCUUCAUUAAGAUUAUGGUUCACAGAGAUAUGAAGAUCCUAUGUAAGUUUAUUAUUAUUAAAGACAAGGAUUUUA